UCGCGUCUCUGCCGGCCCGCUGUGGGCUGCUCCGGCCGGUGCUUUGACUGGGCGCCUCCGUGCGCUCGGCCAACGGCCUUUGGGAGCACCCACCCGAACGCCCCCGGAGCCGGCGGGCGGCGGCCCUCGCCCGAGACACUCCAGCGGGCACAGGGGGACAAAAGUGGCUCUAAAUCCAGCAUAGGCACCUUGAAGGAAGUUAAAGGAUUUAAUAUGAACCACAGAAGCAGAUAGUGCCGAACAGCAAGCAGCCACUGGUACACAUUUCUGGAAAAGCAGUCUUGGUGUUGUUAUGUUCACCUCCAAAAAAGUUCAGAUCUGUAGGGGAAUUGUUGCAUAAAGUAAACUGAACCACAGGGUAGCAGUAUUUUAAUAGCUGUUCUAGAUGUGUAUGUGCUGUGUUACAAAUGAGUGAAAGAACAAGCAGUGAUACACCAGUAGGAAGUGUCUUCAAGGUGCGAAUUCAGCUGAUAAAGUGAGAAGGCAUUCUGUUGAGGAAACCGUUUUCUUCGCUCUUUUGUUUUUGCUUUGUAUGUGUUUGGUACUCGCAAAAGAGAAGGCCCCUUCUGCUCUUCCCACAAGAGUGAGUGGGGCAGCAUUUCCUUCUCCCCGCGCUGCUGAGAUGGCGGAAAUUAGUCGAAUUCAGUAUGAAAUGGAAUACACCGAAGGUAUUAGUCAGCAGAUGAGGGUCCCGGAAAGAUUAAAGGUAGCGCCACCAAAUGCUGAUCUGGAGCAAGGAUUCCAAGAAGGAGCUCCGAAUGCUAGCGUCGUUAUGCAGGUUCCAGAGAGGAUCGUUGUGGCAGGAAAUAAUGAAGACAUUCCAUUUGCAAGACCAGCGGAUCUUGACCUUAUACAGUCAACUCCCUUUAAACCUCUGGCACUGAAAACCCCGCCUCGUGUACUAACACUAAGUGAAAGACCGCUAGAUUUUCUGGAUUUAGAAAGGCCUCCUGCAACCCCGCAAAAUGAAGAAAUCCGUGCAGUUGGCAGGCUAAAAAGAGAGCGCUCCAUGAGUGAGAAUGCCGUUCGCCCAAACGGACAGCUGCUCAGAGCUGACUCAAUGUGGCACAGAUCAUAUUCUGCCCCAAGAAAUAAAAUGUCAAGGUUCCAGGCACCGAUUUCUGCACCGGAGUACACGUGGCACAGAUCAUAUUCUGCCCCAAGAAAUAAAAUGUCAAGGUUCCAGGCACCGAUUUCUGCACCGGAGUACACUGUGACACCGGCGCCCCAACAGGUCCGGGCCUGUCUUCCCCAAACAUUACCUGAAGGUGGAGCUAAUCUUCCCUCCGCUCGAGGCAUUUUGUCGCUUAUCCAGUCUUCCACUCGUAGGGCUUACCAGCAGAUCUUGGAUGUGCUGGAUGAAAAUCGCAGUGUGAGAAGACAAAAUGAAAUACGUUGUGAAAGACCCGUGUUGCGGGGUGGGUCUGCUGCCGCCACUUCUAAUCCUCAUCAUGACAACGUCAGGCAUGGCAUGUCACAUAUAGAUGCAACAAUUGAAGGAACUUCGGACGACAUGACUGUUGUAGAUGCGGCUUCAUUAAGACGGCAGAUAAUCAAACUAAAUAGACGUCUACAACUUCUAGAAGAGGAGAACAAAGAGCGCGCGAAGAGAGAAAUGGUCAUGUAUUCGAUUACUGUAGCGUUCUGGCUGCUUAACAGCUGGCUCUGGUUUCGCCGCUAGAGGUAACCUCGGCUCUGGAAAAUUCUGUCUCAACAGCUGGAAACAUAAAGAACUUGCAAACUUCUCUGUUUCUGUGUUUGCAUUGUAUGCCGUUUUAUAGUCCGUGCCCUGCCCGUGUAUUUCUUCCAGAAAGGAGGGGGGAAAGGCUGAUAACUUGGGGAAGUAAAGGCCCAUUCUCUCCCUCCGCUGUGGUCACUGUCGAGCAGUUCUGCAGUAACACGCGCACACUUCACAUUCUCCUUGCAUGUUUUGUAAAUAGGCUCUAGUUUGUUUUUCUUUAAGGGAAAUGAUUUUUGCCUCAUCAGUCCGCACAAUUAAUUCUCUGAACGGGAAAGAGAGUGCAUAGUGAGUGGAUUUAGAAAAGUAUCUGUAAAAGAAGACUAGUCCUUUAUUUUGUCCUGUUUCUCAAACGCGAUUAAGUGAAACAGUUCCGUCAAUAGACAUUUUUGCAUCCACACUUCAGCGUUCGCGCUUCCAUAGUCAUGGUCUGGUGUCAGGUUUAAUGAAGUCAAGGCACCUCAUGUUUUACAGUCACCUUCGUUAAAAUAAUUCCUGACAUUUCCAGCAGUUUAUCUAAUACAUGUGUAAAAUGUGCAUUCUUAUUUUUAUUUUAAUUUUGCAGAUGGUUUUCUAUAAAGUAUGUUUUUACUAAGCCCCGUGUGAAUGAUUUAAAAAACCACAGAAUAAGGUACAAAUGUAGUGUAUUUAAUAAACUGUCAACGAAAGCAA